AUGGCUACAAUUCUGGAGAUUAAAGUAUCGCGAGCUAUUCGGACGCCUCUGAAUGUCGUAAAGCUCUAUCACACGAUCAUGACCAACAACUUACACUAUUCGAAAGCAAAUCCAUUCAUCUGUUUGAAUUUCAGUCUGGAAGAGGGCAAAGAUACCUUUUGUGUCAGCCUGGAUAACUCAUCUUCGGAAAUUCGUCAAAAUAAGCUACAAGAAACCGUUGAUGUUUUUAAGCGAAUCUGUCAGGCCGCCCAGGGCUCCAAGUCUGUCACCAUAUAUCCGAUACCUUACGACAAAGCAUCAGAGAGACCUAUUGAGAGACCCCUCAAUUUGGAGCAGACUCUUGAGUUGCUGGGAAAGCGACUAGACCCCUCAACCAUCGCAAAAGUCACUGGAGAGAAUUGCCUCGUCUCCAAGACCCAGGAGAAACUUAAAUCGCUGCAGAGACAGGUUCCUUGGGUUCAUGCGGAGAUGCAAAUGGUUUUAUAUUUCAGUACGCAUGGACGGUCGCUUAGUGAUUUGUUUCCCUAUCUUAGAUGCAAUCAGCUCAGUUACUUCAUUUGCACGAGCUUUCUCAAGCAUUACAAAUACAGCCAGAUCCCAACUAGGGGGUGUGAUGGGGCACUUUUGCAGCCCUGGUCAGUACCGGAGGUGACUGGAGUAACGUCCAUGGGUGCACACAGUAUUCCCCGGGCCUUGCGGUGCUUGGAGGACUAUCUCAUGGAAAUUUUGAAGGGCAUGCUCAAUAAAGUCUCAACGCCUUUUGACGCUCAAGUUAGGAAUCAAACCACCAGCAUGGAUGAAAGUUGCCAUGGCCUCCUGGGAUUGUCUGACCUGAGGAACACUGAACUGCCGACCGAAGAGGCGAAAGUUAUGGAAGCAUUUGAGAGGGAGCUACAUUGGCUCAGAGUCAAAUUGUCUUCGCCUGAUCAAGCAAACAUGCAAAAACAGGCAGAAGACCUUCUGCCAAGCGAAAAGUUAGAAUGUUUCGAUCUGCUAGCCUCAAUUUGCCACAUGGACCGCCUUCAUCCGACGGAAGAUGUCUGGUACGACUUUGGAUUUUUUGUGUGUCGCAAUGAGCUGGAAGAGACUAUGCUGGCGAACCUUUACAGCCGCUUGCUCGUUAGCAACAAAUUUUUCAAUACUCUUGUCUCGAAUGACAUGAGAUCUGGACCUAAACCAGACACGGCUACUUUUUCGGAGUUUUGGCAGGCAUAUCAGUCUUGCAAAUUGAUACAACUCAUGGACUCAAAGGGACUGGCAUCCGAGAGGAAGAUGCUUCCUUGUCUUGAAGCCUUUCUCUCCGUACCGCGUCGGUAUUCCCAGUCAAUUUGGCUGCUUAAGCAAUUUAUUGCUAUCGAUAAACCCGCAGAAUCCCCCCCUUGCAGGGAGGUUGAAGAUGACUAUGGUUUUAAAAAUUGUCAGAGCAUCGCAGAGACGCGUAUACUGAUGGAGAUUUACAAGAAACUGCUUUUGAAGGCAGAUCCACUUGAGAUUCAUGACGCAUGCCACAGAGGGAGGCUAUUUGAGUUCGCGCAGUGUUUUGACAUAAUUGAUGAGAGAAAUAGAAAGCUGAUGGAAAACCGCUACACUUUAUGGGAAGAAGAUGAUUAUGACUAUUAUCAGGAUUAUGAUCGGGGUUAUUCGGAUUAA